UCAAAUCCAAGAUGGCGGGCAUUCAAGCUUUGGUCAAUGCUUAUGGCGAGAACAGUGAUUCAGAAGGAAAUGACAGCCCUAAUGAAGAAAUAACUGAAGAUCAUACAGCUCACCUCAAACCUGGAUCCUCUAUUGAUAGUCUGAAGUCAAAAUUUCAAUUGGAUUGCGCUCCGACAGUUAUAAAUAAGAAAGAUAUUGGAACGACAAGAAAAGUUGAAAAGUCUUCAAAAGAAAUCCUGUAUAAUGCUAAAUAUGAGGAGUUGUUUGCCCCUGAGGUUGGACCUCAAAAUCCUAACAAGACACGUCAACAAAAUGCAGCAAAAAACAUGUUGUCAGGUUAUGUAGAAGAGUCACACAUGAGUGAUUUCACCUUUGAAAACCAGAGAAAAACCUUUACUAGUUAUGGUUAUGCUUUGGAUCCAAGUGCAGACAAUAAUCCAGCAGCUGGGUCAAGUUUUGUUGGAGACAUUGAAAAAUGCAAUGAACUGAAAGGAGGAACAGUAUUUGAGAGCAGUAAAGUACGAACAGGAGAUAAAAGAAAAAGAGAAGGUCCUGGAGAUCCUGGGGACAUUGAGGGCUACAAGGGACCAUGGGCACCUUUUAUUGAUGAGUCUAAGAGCUCCAAGCCAUCUGAGGAGGAAGCUGAAAAGCUUGAGGAGUUUGAGUUAGCCAAGCAGAAAAGAAGCAAGAAAGAAGAAAUCAAAAGUGUUGAAGAGAAAAGUACUUUGCAUGUUAAAGAUGCUGUUGAUUACCAGGGACGUUCAUAUCUACACAUACCUAAAGAUCUUGAUGUCAGACUAGAUACCGACGAACCACCAGAGAGGUGUUAUCUACCCAAGAAACACAUUCAUACUUGGACUGGUCAUACCAAAGGUGUUUCCGCCGUCCGUCUCUUCCCAGUAUCAGGUCAUCUUCUCCUGUCUUGUAGUAUGGAUUGUAAAGUCAAGCUGUGGGAGRUCUAUAACAACAGGAGGUGUCUUAGAACGUUUACAGGACAUAAUAAGGCAGUAAGGGAUAUCUGUUUCAACAACAGUGGAUCUCAAUUCCUUACAGCAGCKUACGACAGAUAUGUCAAACUAUGGGACACUGAGACAGGUGAAUGCAUUGGACGGUUCACCAACAGAAAGAUUCCAUACUGUGUCAAGUUUAACCCAGAUGAGGACAAGCAGCACUUGUUUGUGUGCGGAACUUCUGACAAGAAGAUUCUAACGUGGGAUAUCAGAGCUAAUGAAAUAGUUCAAGAGUACGACAGACAUCUUGGGGCUGUUAAUUCGAUUACCUUUGUGGAUCAAAAUCGUCGAUUUGUUUCUACGUCAGAUGAUAAAAGUAUUAGAGUAUGGGAAUGGGAUGUUCCUGUCGACUUCAAGUACAUCGCAGAGCCUUCCAUGCACUCCAUGCCUGCUGUUGCACUGCACCCCAAUGAAAAGUGGUUGGCGUGUCAGUCCAUGGAUAAUCAAAUACUUAUUUUUGGAGUUCAAAAUCGCUUUCGGCUGAACAGAAAGAAAAUAUUCAAAGGUCACAUGGUGGCUGGAUAUGCCUGCAAGCCUAGYUUUUCUCCCGACGGAGCUUACGUAAUUUCUGGUGAUGCUGAUGGAAAACUCAAUAUUUGGGACUGGAAAUCCACCAAAUUAUAUUGCAAGUUCAAGGCACACGACGGUGUUUGUAUCGACUGCGAGUGGCACCCACACGAAACAUCCAAGGUCAUCACGUGCGGAUGGGAYGGGGUUAUAAAGUUAUGGGACUAGACGUACAGACCAGAGAUAUGAGUAUGACUGCCGCCAAUCCACAUGAAAUAAUGUGUAUUUGACAUACAAAUGGUUUCUGGUCGUAAGACUCGACAUUGAAAUGGCUUUCUUGGCCUAAAGUUAUUGAACAUGCAGGGUCAUAAAAUAAAAGUUAGGGAACUUAAAGGCCACAGAUAUGAGUAUAUUCCAUAUGRAAUGAUAWGUAUUUGACAUACAAAUGGCUUUAGGUCACAAGACUUGGCACYGAAGAGGCUUUCUUGACCAAAAGUUCCUUACGUUAUUUUAGCUGCAGGUGGGACGGAGUUAUUUUAAGUUAUGGGMCUUARAGACCACAGAUAUAAGUAUGAUAWUCUACAUGGACUAAUAUAUAUUUGACAUACAAAUGGCUUCCGGUAGAGAGAACUCGACACUGAAAAGGAUGUCUUAUGUGUAUGGAAACUCUAAACCACAACAUCUGAAACCAUACUAGCGUAACUACCAUUUCAUUGGCUUAGAACCUGGAAAAUCAACAUCAUUGGCUUCAAAACUGCAUGCGGCAUACAAAUGGCUUCCUGACACGAGAUUCGACAUUGAAUUGGCUUUUUGUAUCGAAAAUCCCCACUGUAUAUUUUAAAAAUUAGAAUAGAAUUAGUCUAAUAUCUAUUUCACGGGUUUAAUACCUACACUCUAAUGGCUUUUUGUACUAACAGUGACUGCACUUAAGUGGCUUUUGGGAUUUUCAAGUGGGGCAAAACAGGAAAAGUUAAUGACGCUGUAUAUACCAACUAUUAAAUAAAUUUUUUUUAAAAAUA